CCUCUGCUCUUGGUCUUAGACCGCGUGUGCGCUUCGUGGCCAGGGCACAAGACCCACCCUGCUUUUCCCUCAGCGGCACUGUUCCACCUGCUCCCUCCAGCCCUGUGGCCCCGCCUGAGGCUCCUCUUUCCAGUCCCUCCGCGGGAGUUAUUUUCUGGCGUUUUAGCGUGCAUCUCCCUCUGGUGGAUUCCCAAUUGUGUUUCAACUAGACUUUUCACAUCUUCAGCUUGUGAAAGCUUGUCGUGAACUUGGAUCUCCUCUCACAGCCCCUGAAGCCGAAAUGGGAGAAGAUAUCCAUCCAAAUUUUUCAACAUUGCAUCUUUGGCAUCCUUUCUGAAAAAAGGUAUGUUCUGUCAAUUGAGAGUGCCGAAGAGAUUCGAGAAUAUGUUACUGAUCUACUCCAGGGAAAUGAGGGCCCAAAAGGUCAAUUCAUAGAAGAACUUAUAAAUAAAUGGCAGAAAAAUGAUCAGGAGCUGAUUUCUGAUCCUAUGCAGCAGUCCUUCAAAAAAGAUGAAAUACUAGAUGGUCAAAAAUCAGGAGACCAGUUAAAGCGCAGUCGCCGGAAAGGGAGAAACAAACAGGAAGUUCCUGCGUUUGCUGAGCCUGACACAACUGUAGAGGUCAAAACACCUUUUGAUUUGGCCAAGGCACAAGAGAACAGCAACUCUGUAAAGAAGAAGACAAAGUUUGUCAAUUUGUACACCAGAGAGGGACAAGACAAGCUUGCAGUCCUGCUCCCUGGUCGCCACCCUUGUGAUUGCCUGGGCCAGAAACACAAACUCAUCAAUAACUGUCUGAUCUGCGGGCGUAUUGUCUGUGAACAAGAGGGUUCUGGCCCCUGCUUGUUCUGUGGCUCUCUGGUAUGUACUCAUGAAGAAAGGGAUAUUUUACAGCGUGACUCAAACAAGAGCCAGAAACUACUGAAGAAGCUAAUGUCAGGGGCAGACAACUCUGUAAAGAUGGACAUCUCUUCCCAAGACCUUCUUCCUCAUCAAGAAUUACGCAUUAAGUCUGGUCUGGAGAAGGCUAUCAAGCAUAAGGAUAAACUGUUGGAGUUUGACAGAACUAGCAUUCGAAGGACCCAAGUCAUUGAUGAUGAGUCAGAUUACUUUGCCAGUGAUUCUAACCAGUGGUUGUCCAAAGUUGAGCGGGAAGCCCUGCAGAAACGAGAGGAAGAGUUGAGAGAGCUUCGACAUGCCUCUCGACUCUCUAAGAAGGUCACCAUUGACUUUGCAGGUCGGAAGAUCCUGGAAGAAGAAAAUCCACUAGCAGAGUAUCACAGCAGACUAGAUGAGGCAAUACAGGCCAUUGCCAAUGGAACUUUGAACCAGCCACAGAUCAAAUUGGAUAGAUCUUCUGAAGACCCUUUGGGAGUUUUGGUGAAUCCCAACCUGUACCAGCCCCCUCCCCAGUGGGUUGAUCAUACAUGUGCAGCCUCACAGAAGAAGGCUUUCCAUUCAGCAAGAUUGGGAUCAGAGUUCAACUUACAUCAGCAUCAGCUACGAAUCCAGGAUGAAGAAUUUCAGGAAGGCUUUGAUGGUGGCUGGUGCCUUUCUAUGCAUCAGCCGUGGGCUUCUUUACUUGUCAGAGGAAUUAAAAGGGUGGAGGGAAGAUCUUGGUACACCCCCCAUAGAGGACGACUUUGGAUAGCAGCCACAGGCAAAAAACCCUCCCCUCAAGAAGUCUCAGAACUCCAGGCUACGUACCGUCUUCUUCGUGGAAAAGAUGUGGAAUUUCCCAAUGACUAUCCAUCAGGAUGUCUUCUGGGCUGUGUGGACCUAAUUGACUGCUUAUCCCAGAAAGAAUUUAAGGAACAGUUUCCAGAUAUCAGUCAAGAAUCUGAUUCUCCAUUUGUUUUCAUCUGCAAAAAUCCCCAGGAAAUGAUUGUGAAGUUUCCUAUUAAAGGAAAUCCAAAAAUCUGGAAGCUGGAUUCCAAGAUCCAUCAAGGAGCAAAGAAGGGGUUAAUGAGGCAGAAUAAAGCUGUCUGACCCAAGACAAAAGGAACCAUACACCAUAGUGGAGUUUUGUGUACUAAAAUUACUAUCCACUGGUCCUUUGGAAAUGCAGCAGUUGGAAAUCUAAAGGCUUGACAUCAGGCUUGACUCUCUCCAAAUUUAAUACCUUGCCAAAAUCUGUAUAUUUUUCUUAAAGAAUGAGAUUCUUUAUGCAGUGGGUCAAAAUCUUUGAAUACAUUAUUUAUAAAAACUUAUUUUAAAAAAUC